AGUCGUGUUUGGAAGUCCGAAGCGCACGGACGCGUCGUGUCGUCCGUCGGUCCCCGGUUCGGGAAUACGGCUAUAUUUUAUCUAUGCUCGCUAUUUGAAUGAGCGACCAAAAAAAAGUUGGUGUCUAUAAAAGUUUUCUUUUUUGACAGUUUGAUUGACAGUGAUUUUUUUUUCGUGUUUUUUAAAUUUAGAACUUGGUUUUUUGAAACUGUGUAAUCUGUGUGUUAAAACUUUUUUGCAAUUUCAUAAAUUAGUUUUUGAUUAAUUUAACUUGGUAUAUUGAUUUAAAAAAAUAUAAAUCUUGUAAAUUAAAUGUGUAUAUUAUGUGUAAAAUAUUAAAUAAGUUUAGUAUAAAAAUGGAAACUGUGUAAUUUUAACUUUUUAAAUAUACGUAUGAAGUGAUUGAGUGACACUUCAGAGGAAUCCUGAAAAUUAUUGAAGAUUAACGGAUUUACACGGCGAUCUGUUUGACGCGGGUCACAACACAAGCUGAAGAUGACGACGGACAACGCACUCAAUUCCCAACGGGUGUUCAAGAAAUCCUCACCAAACAGCAAACUGACGCUGUACCUGGCGUCUCGCGACCUGGUGGUGGAAAAUGGGGCCAUCGACAGGAUCCAAGGGGUUCUCCACGUGGAACCUGAAUACUUGGAGAACAAGAAACUGUACGGACAAGUCACACUGACUUUCAGAUAUGGUCGGGAAGACGAAGAAGUCAUGGGCCUCAAGUUCUGUAAUGAGGCCAUCAUGAGCUUGGCACAAAUAUGGCCGGUGCACUGCAACCACGACAGAGAACCUAACAGUCCGCUCCAGGACGCGUUAAUAAAACGUUUGGGUGCAAAUGCAUACCCAUUUCACCUGGAGCUGACGCCUCUAGCGCCACCUAGCGUGCAGCUGGUACCCGCGAAGCAGUACCACGGAGCACCCAUAGGAACUUCAUAUGAUGUGAGAGCUUAUAUCGCUGAACGUCCAGACGAGAAGGUGUCGCGUCGCAACACGGUGCGCAUGGGCAUACGAGUGCUGCAAGGCCCGGGUCGGGGAGUUCCACCGCCAGUUCUGCCGCCACCAUCCCCGCACCACACACUCAGUGCGCUCGCGCAGUACAACAUGCUCAGGUUGAAAAGUAAAACGAAAAUGGAGUCAGAUGAGAAUUGCCGACCGAAACCUGAAGAAAUUGAAAAUUCUGAGGUUCAGCCGCCGCGGGCGACUGUCGAGAAACCUUUUCUGCUAUCCGAUGGAAGAGUGGAGCUGGAAGCAUGGCUGGACAAACCAACAUACUCACACGGGGAAUCCAUUAGAGUCGGAGUGGUCGUCGCUAAUCACUCGUCGAAAACUGUGCGACGGAUCAAGGCCUUGGUGGUUCAGCACGUUGACGUCUGCAUGUUCUCCAACGGAAAAUUCAAGAAUGUGGUUGCUCUCGUCAAAGGCAACGAUGUAGUGUUGCCGGGACAGACAUUUACCGACACGUUCACGCUUACACCACACAGAGGUAUCACCAAAAAUUGGAUAGCACUCGAAGAUUCCUACUCAAAAACAGGCGCCAGUCUCGCCUCUACAGUGCUCAGCAACAACACGCCAGAGGACAGAAAUGUGUUUGCGAUAUACGUGUCAUAUUACGUCAAAGUAAAGCUGACAUUCAGUGCGAUGGGUGGAGAUCUCUCAUUGAAAUUACCCUUCACACUCACACAUUCUUGUAUCAACGAAGCGCCUACAGACAGCGUGACAGAAGAAGCUACUCAUAAAAUGAUUCUAGAAGGCAAAGAGAAUAGUGAAGAUGAGGACAGCAAAGCUGAAAUAGAAAGGGACAAGCAAAACAAUAACGGGGAAGAAGCACCUGGAGAUGAUGCUGAAGUAAAGUCUCCGGACGACCACCGAUGUGUGGCUGAUGUCCUGGUCAACAUCGAGAACAAAAUGGAUCGACCGAAGAAAUUCGAGGGACAAACAGAAGUGCGGACUGUGAAGCCGAGCGAUGAAGAGCUGGAUCUUAUCGUCAAGUACCCAGGUUCGGACACGUGAUCCGACGAGGAACUAGACAAUACAGGCCAGGGUGAAAAGACUGACACUAAAGUGAUCACACCAGCAAUUGUCAAAUGCAAGCGAGAGGUCCAAAUUCAUAAGAGUGGUUUUGCAGAAAAUCUUAAAAGAGCCGUGUGUUGUAUAGACAGAAGACGACAGUCAUAGCUUAGGGUGAAUUUGUUCGUAAUAGUUGUUUUAAAAGUAUGAAAUAAAUAAAUAAAACCAAUGUUGACACUUAUUUCUAGUAUUUGCAAAGCGCGAGAGCAAAUAAUAAUGUGUGUCUUGUAAACAAACCCGAGAAAUACCUACUUCAAUUCCGUAUACAAAUACGUUUAAGGCACACUUUUCCUGGAAAAUAACGUGAAAUGAUUUUUUCCAAGUCGUUUGCUUUCGCGGUUUACAAACAUUAAAUUAUUUUGAUUAGGUUUCGAAAGGCGUUAGAAGACUAAUUAAAACGACGUCAAUCGAGAAUCGUCUGAAGUUAACGAAUUGCAUCUAGUCAUUAAAUUGAAGGUAAUUUGAAGUGUAUUUUACUAUUUUAGGGUUUUUCUUAGAUUAAGACUAGUCGGUUCGCCGGCACAUGAAGCCUGAAUGGAUAUUACGCUUACUAAAUUGUAGUCAGUGUUAGUCGUGUUAGGGUUAAAUUAUAGGAAUAACAAUUUGUAAAGGUUUUUCAAUGUAAUUUUUAGCGUUGUUUACAAUGCAAUAUUAUAAUAUUAAAACUGCAUCUUCUCAUGUAUAACCAUCCAUUCUAUGUAUAGAAUCUACCGUCGAUUUGGACAAGAUAUAUUUUGUCCUUGAGUAAAUGUAAAUGUAGUCCAUAACGAUCGCUGUAUUAAACGUUUAAUUAAUUUGAUACGUCUGGAAAAUUUUAUUCAAUCAAUUUGAAAUCGAAUGUUAUUGCACUCUCAACUGACAAACUGUUGGAAAUCCCAUCUUUUUCUAUACCUACGUAGGUAUAAUAGAUUUAAGAAAUGUAGAAUUUAUCCAAUCAGUUUCAGAAUAAUUUUCAAUCUUUACGCAAGAUAUUAAUUAGCUUUUCAUCGUUCAUCGCACUAAAACAAAGUUAUCUAAAGAGGCCCGCAGAUGUUUUGAAUUACAUUCCACUUUGAUGAAGUUUCAGAUAAUUUUAGAUCUGCCAAUCAGCUACUUUUAUUACUAUAUUCGAUCAUAAAUCAUUUUACUGGAUGUCUACCAAUCUAAGUUUUUAGUAUCUUUCAUUAAUUUAUUUCUAAAGGUUUAUUUAAUUAAUACGUGCCUUUACUUUCAACGUCGUAUUGAUUAGUUUGAUUCUAAUCAAAAUGAACGGUUUUUCUAUUUAAAGAGUCAUUAAUUAUUUUAUGCAACGCCUUAAAACUUCAAUCUCACACGCCUUAUUUUUGUGUUCAGUUGAACUCGUAGCUCCAGUCAGUUUGCCUGUUUUAAUAAUUGUUUUAUGGCAAUCAAUGCCUUGUGAUAUCAACACCAUUGAUCUUCCUCACCAUAUCGUAAGAAAUAUCUUUGUUUUUGAACUAAAAGCAAAGGCGCCAAACAAAUUGGUACUCUCUUUUAUAUCGCAGACAAACGUUUGAUUCUUUGGAUUUUUAUUUCAUAUUUCAGCUAUUAUAACAUUCAGAGAUAUUUGGAAAUAAAUAAAAGGUAUAAGAAAACUUUGAUAGGUAGAGAAACUUAUAAAUUCGCUGCAGUUUAAGUAUUAAAGAAAUGAUAAUUCAAAACAUCUAAUUACAAUUACAGCACCAUUGAAGUAGCAUUAUAAUUAAUUGCAAUGAAAUAUCCUUACUAGUAAUGCAUAAAUUAAUUAGUUACUUUGAAUAAAAUGUAUCUAGGAAAGUUGAAAGUUGAUGAGUUUAAUUUGUGAUUACAAAUUAGUAUGAUUGGUAAACUCCAUUAAAACAUGAAAAAUUUGUUGUAUUUUGUAUAAAGCACUAGUUUAAGCUCAUAUAGUUUGUUAUUAAUUGCAUAAAUACAUUUAUUAUAAGCACAUCUCAUUAAGUAGUUAUGAAUAUCCUGUACAAGGAAACCUUUGUAUGUUUUUAGAUAUUCAUUAGAAAUACUAGUUAUUUGAAUAUUUUAAUAUAUAAUGCGUAUUGAACAUUGUAGAUGAAAAUGUAACUUGGAAUAUUUUUCAGUGUUUGUAUAUAUUGUAAAUAUACUUCGAAGUUUU